AAAACAUCAUCCGCGCCGUCUCGAUCGUGGGUCGACGACAGAGGCAACUCGCUUUGUGCAACUGCAUUGUCUCGCCUUCUCGCUUGUAUCCAGCUUCGAUUGCUUUUCUCCUUCUUUGACUCUUCCCCUUUACGAAUCUCGACGACACUUCCGUUCUUCAGCCAGAUCGCGAAAACGAUGGCGUCGGCCGUGGUCGACAUGCCGCACCGCGAGCGCGGAAAGCAGCGAGAGGGCGGCGAUUCCUAUCGUCCCGCUCGUGCUGCGCGCUCGCCCGUGCCGGUGCCGGUGCGGACGGAGGAGGAGAAGCAGGCAGCGGCAAAGGCCGAGUACGAGAAGCUGCUCAACAUGCGGUCGGGAGGCACGUACAUUCCGCCCGCGAGGCUCAGGGCGCUGCAGGCACAGAUCACGGACAAGACCAGCAAGGAGUACCAGCGGAUGGCCUGGGAGGCGCUCAAGAAGAGCAUCAACGGCCUGAUCAACAAGGUCAACACGGCCAACAUCAAGCACAUCGUCCCCGAGCUGUUUGGCGAGAACCUUAUCCGGGGGCGGGGCCUGUUCUGCCGGUCCAUCAUGAAGGCCCAGGCUGCCAGCUUGCCCUUCACGCCCAUCUACGCGGCCAUGGCGGCCAUUGUCAACACCAAGCUGCCGCAGGUUGGCGAGCUGCUCAUCAAGCGCCUCAUCAUGCAAUUCCGCAAGGGCUUCAAGCGAAACGACAAGGCCGUCUGCCUCUCCUCGACGACGUUCCUCGCGCACCUGAUCAACCAGCAGGUCCAACAUGAGAUGCUAGCCGGCCAGAUCCUGCUGCUGCUCCUGCACAAGCCGACGGACGACAGCGUGGAGAUUGCCGUGGGGUUCUGCAAGGAGGUCGGGCAGUACUUGGAGGAGAUGCAGCCUGCCAUCUCCAUGGCCGUCUUCGACCAGUUCCGCAACAUCCUUCACGAGUCCGACAUCGACAAGCGAACCCAGUAUAUGAUUGAGGUGCUUUUCCAGAUCCGAAAGGACAAGUUCAAGGAUAGCCCGGCGAUCAAGGAAGAGCUGGACCUGGUUGAGGAGGAGGACCAAAUUACACACAAGGUUGAGCUUGAUGGCGAGAUUGAUGUUCAGGAUGGACUCAACAUCUUCAAAUUCGACUCCGAGUGGGAGGAACACGAAGAGGCUUACCGGAAACUCAAGGCGGAAAUUCUCGGCGAGGGUAGCGACGAUGAAGAUGGUGAGGAUGACGAGGACGAGAGCGAUGAAGAGGAGGAGGAGGAAUCGAAAGCCAUGGAGAUCAAAGACCAGUCUAACGCCGACUUGGUCAAUCUACGAAGAACCAUCUACCUCACAAUCAUGUCGAGCGCCGAUCCAGAGGAAGCAGUCCACAAAUUGAUGAAGAUCAAUCUGCCCGCUGGCCAGGAGCCUGAGCUGCCAUCCAUGAUUGUCGAGUGUUGCUCCCAGGAAAAGACAUACACCAAGUUCUUUGGCCUGAUUGGCGAGCGGUUUGCCAAGAUCAACCGUUUGUGGUGCGAUCUCUUUGAGCAGGCCUUUGCCAAGUACUACGAGACUAUCCACCGAUAUGAGAACAACAAGCUACGAAACAUUGCCAUGUUGUUCGGCCACAUGUUUGCCGCCGACUCCCUCGGCUGGCACUGCCUCUCCGUCAUCCACCUGAACGAGGAUGAAACCACGUCCAGCAGUCGUAUCUUCAUCAAGAUUCUGUUCCAGCACAUCUCAGAGGAAGUCGGCAUGGUCAAGCUGAGAGCACGCAUGACUGAUGAAACCCUACGACCCAGCCUCGAAGGCAUCUUCCCCCGCGAGAACCCCCGCAACAUUAGAUUCUCCAUCAACUACUUUACCAGCAUCGGCAUGGGUGUUUUGACAGAGGAGAUGCGAGAGCACCUCCAGAACAUGCCCAAGCCCGCGCUCCCCGCACCCCCUGCCCAGGAUCGCUCGGAUUCGGAGUCUGUCUCAAGCUACUCAUCUUAUACCCGCUCAUCAUACUCUUCUCGAUCUCGCUCCCGUUCUCGAUCUGCGGCUCGUCGUGACGACAGUCAAGGCCGAUCCCUUUCCCGAACACCGCCACGACGUGGUGCAAGGGACCGAUCGUACUCUGACUCGCGGUCACGGUCACGGUCUCGGUCUGGCUCUGUCUCGUCUCGUGGAAGAGAUCGAGGGUCGUACUCUGCCAGUCCUCCCAGACGGGGAGGCCGACGAGAUGCUACUAGAAGCCGAAGCUACUCCUCGCGCUCGCGCUCCUCACAGUCUCCACCAACACAACGGAAUCGCGGUCGUGCGCGAAGCAACUCGUACAGCUCCUACAGCCGCUCCCCAUCCCCACCGCGACGGGAGAGGAACGCAAACUCGGCCAGCCCGCCGCCUCGACGGGGCCGACCGCGCCAGAGCCCCGGCGGACCUGCUGGUCGUAGAAACAGCUCGUCUGUCAGCAGCGGAGGACCUCGAAAGAAGCUCAGACGGGAUAUCAGCCGAUCGCCGUCCCGCGAGGACUCGAGGUCAAAGUCGAGAUCAAGGUCUCCGGUCGCUCCUUCACGCGGCAGAAGGGCCUCUUACAGCCCGUCGCGCAGCCGUAGUCCCCCUUCGCGCAGAGCAAGGGGUGAUUCGGCAGAUCGUCCGCGAGAGACGAGUCCUGUGCCGAUGAAGAGGCGGCGGUAUGAUAGUGAGAGCGUGUCCAGGUCACCGCCUCCUGUGAAGCGUGGUCGGCGGGAGACUUGAGGUUUCGGUAUAUCCCUGUAAAAUUGGUAUAAUUAUUAUUACCCUUUUUUUAAUUUAUAUCUUUAUCGCCAGAUUGGGACGGUUUCGUGAAAUGGGCUGGGAAUGGAUAUGUGUGUAAUGGAUUGAAUGGGAUUGGGGAGAUUUAUCCUGGGUUUACCUACAUCAAGUUUUGGCCCCCUUCUUUAUUGAUGUCAUUAGCGCUUAAACAUUGAAAAUGAACAUUUAAUGUGUACCUUGGCCA